AUGGCGUUUCUCGUACAAGUAGCAGCGGAUAUAUUCAAUAAUAAAGUGAACUUUGAGCUUAGCUUCCCGUCCAGACCCAGCAUAUCGGAACUGACGCGUUCGGCGGAAACUGCUUUCUCAAAUGAAAUUUCUCUUCGCCGACCGGACAAUGUGCCAUCGCACAAAUUUCAUUCAUCGAAGAUCAAAAUGUACGAUGAGGAGCUCAACAAAUGGGUGGAUCUAAUAAGGGAGGACCAGUUAACGGAUUAUUGUCAGCUUUAUGUUUUCCAACCUCCAAAUGAAUGGCACAAGGAAAGCCAAAAGGAAAUCCCCCCUGCAAUGAAGCCACCGAGUUCCGGCCAACGACACUCCGCAGGUGGUUCCUUUUCACAGGGCUCACGUGUCACUCCUAAUGGAAGCCUUUCCAUGCAGGGGGCUCUCGCACCGUACAACGGGUCUCGCUCACCCGUUAGCCACCGCAGUGAGUCGCAACAGGCUCGUCACGCUUCGUUCCACGGGAGUACCUCAAAUGCGCUCGUGCCGCGUGCCCAGACAGAUGUGUCGCAAGAAGAAAAACUGCGUGUGCUAUUCGCGGAACUCGAUGUAAAGGGUAACCGUGUGCUCGACGUUGAGGACUUCCGACACGGUUUCACUGUGUUUAAUCUCAACUUCAGCCCAGCUACGGUGGACGAUCUCUUUGAAAAGGGUGACAGCAACCGGGACGGGCGGAUUACCUUUUCAGAAUUUGAGCGGUUCGGACGGCUCUAUCCAAUCAUGACGGAUUGCCUCUAUUUCCGUUCCAGGGCUUUUUGGGAAGAAGAACAAAUCAGGCGCUCUAUUCAAAAUGAGCGACAGGCAGUGAGACAAGCGGAGCAAGCGGUGGAGCAGGCCCGACGAGCCCUUGAGGAGGCAGAAAAUGAGACAGAUGCCGCUAAGGAUGCCGUCGCAACUGCGGAUGCGGAUCUCAAGGAUCGAACGGACCGUCUGCGGGACCUCACGAGGGACAUGGACAACGCAAAGCGCGAGAAGGAGCGGGCCAUCCGCGAGAAGAAGGAUCGCGAGAAGGAACUCUUCGAGAUUCGUGAGCGUGAAAAGGAGCUUCGGAAAGACGCACAAGAGGUGGCUCGUGAGGCUGAGAAGCAGGACCGACGGGCGUUUUCUCUCGCUGGGGAAGCGAGUGCUGCCGAUGACAAGGUUCGUGCCUUGGAGAAGGCCCUUGACGAGGCUCGUCGUGCCGCUGAGCGGGCGCACAACGCCGCAGAUCAGGCUGCCAGAGACGCUGAUAUCGUGAAACUCCGCAUGCAAGAUGCUACACGAGAUGCCGAGGAGGUGGCACGGGAGGUUCCCCGGGCGGAGGACGCGGUGCGGGCCGCAGAGCACAACGUAUCAGCAGCAGAUCAAGGGGCUCGGGAACUGGAAGGAAUGGGCCGUGUGCUUUCGCGGGAGAUAGAAGAGGCUGGGCAGCGACGGGAUCAGAGCGAAAAGGCAGUUGAGGAGGCGAGAGGUAUGAUGCAUGUGAAAGAGCGUCAGUUGGAGGAAGCAAAACAGCACGUUUCGGAGAGGGAACACGCCGUAAGGCUUAAGGAAAUCGAACUGGCUGAUCAGCUGAAGCAGCGUGAACUCGUGUCACAGCACGAGAGGACACUUAUAGAGCAGGAGCUUCGGCUACGCGAACAAAGAGACAGUUUAGAGGAGCGGGAGACGAAAUUGAUGUCAGAAGCCAGCAGCUUCCUGGGCAAUCUCCGUACGCAGUUACACGGUGGGAGGUCCUAUCCGCGAGAUUAA